CGCCAUUCCACGUUUGUAUGGCCGGGUCAGAUCACAGUCUCGGUGACGACGAGGACGACGACGCUGUGAGCAUGGACUGGGCCAUGUCGCCCGACGCGCUCGACGACUUUCAAGAGGUUGCGUCCGCGCUCUCAGACAAUGGCGUCGCAGCUGCAUUUGCGACGUCACAUCAAACGCCUCCGAAGCGACCGCCGAGCUAUGGCGCCAAGCGCCCAGUCAAGACGUCGCCGCCCAAAGAGAUCCACGGGCAGUGCCUCACGCCCGACUGCGCUGUCGUCCUCACGUACCGCGGGCACUGCAAGGCCCACGGCGGCAGUCGGCGUUGCAACGUCGCCUACUGCCCAAAGGGCCGUCAGGGCGGUGCUCAGUUCUGCAUUGCGCACGGCGGCGGGAAACGCUGCAAGACAGAAGGCUGUGUGCGCACGGCCCAGUCGCGCGGUCUGUGCAAGGCCCACGGAGGCGGCGCGCGCUGCAAGAACGACGACUGCGACAAAAGCGCCCAGCGUGGCGGCUAUUGCCGGACGCACGGCGGCGUCCAGCUCUGCGCCGUCGCCGGGUGCACGAAUGGUGUUCAGCGAGGCGGCAAGUGCGCGAAACACGGUACCGUGCGCCUCUGCUCGGUGAAAACGUGUGGGCAGACCGACCGCGGCGGCGGUCUCUGCACGAUCCACCGGCGCAACAAAGUGUGCAAAGUCGAUGGGUGCACCCGACUCUUGGUGCGCUCGACACUGGGGCUUCCCGUGGACAUGGGCUUUUGCGCCAUGCACCAGCGCGCACUCGACCCCUCUGCCCUGCUGGAGUCUUAUGACGACGACCAAGACGACGCUUAGCUAUCCGCAACCCAAUUCGGUCGAAGAUGGCCCUGAGAUUUAUCGAACGAUAGAUAGAACCAGACUUGGCCGUUGUGCG